UGGCCCCGUGAGGCCCUCCUGUCCGUGUCCCAGACCUUCUUCCAGAACGUGGAGUUCGGCAGUGAGGAGAUAAAGGAUCGUUUCAGUGAGAUGUGUGUGGAGAUCCACGUCAGUGUGACAGACAUGGCCGAGAGGUUCUACUCUGAGCUGAGACGACGCUACUACACUACCCCCACCUCAUACCUGGAACUGAUUAACCUCUACCUGGCCAUGUUGGGAGAGAAGAGACAGCAACUAGUGGCUGCUCGUGACAGGGUAAAGAAUGGUCUGACUAAGCUGUUGGAGACCAACGUGUUGGUGGAUAAGAUGAAGAUAGACCUGUCAGCUCUGGAGCCUGUCCUCAAACAAAAGUCUAUAGACGUCAACGCCCUCAUGGGGAAACUCGCCGUGGACCAGGAGAGCGCUGACAAGGUCCGUAAAGUGGUGAAGGAGGACGAAGCCCUAGCCAAGGUGAAGGCUGAGGACACCCAGGCCAUAGCAGCAGAUGCCCAGAGGGAUCUAGACGAGGCUCUGCCCGCUCUGGAAGGUGCCAACAAGGCCCUGGACUCACUGGACAAGGCAGACAUCUCAGAGAUCAGGGUCUUCACCAAACCACCUGACAUGGUCAUGACUGUCAUGGAGGCCGUCUGCAUCCUGCUGGGCAGCAAACCAGACUGGUCCAGUGCCAAGCAGGUGCUGGGUGACUCCUACUUCCUCAGGAAGCUGAUGGAAUAUGACAAGGAAAACAUUAAGCCCCAGAUCCUCCAGAAGCUUCAGAAGUACGUGAACAACCCGGACUUUGUCCCUGAGAAGGUGGAAAAGGUGUCCAAGGCCUGCAAGUCUAUGUGUAUGUGGGUCCGGGCCAUGGACCUCUACUCCAGAGUCCUCAAGGAGGUCGGACCCAAGAAAGAAAGACUGGCCGCCGCACAGAUGGAGCUGAACGCUACCAUGGCAACCCUGAAGGAGAAGCAGGCCCAGCUACAGGAAGUACAGAACAAAAUUAAGAUCCUCCAGGACCAGUUUGACAAGAGCAUCGCAGAGAAGGAGGGUCUGGCUAAGACCAUGGCUCUGACCGAGGCGAGGCUGGGCCGUGCAGGGAAGCUGACAGCAGCUCUGGGGGAUGAGCAGGUUCGCUGGCAGGAGAGCAUCGAACUGUUUGAACAGGAGAUCCAUAACGUGGUGGGAAACGUCUUCAUCGCUGCAGCCUGCGUGGCAUACUACGGAGCCUUCACAAUGCACUACAGACAACUGCUGAUAGACCAGUGGAUUGUGCGAUGCCAGGAGUUGGGCAUCCCCAUCAGUGCCAGCUUCAGCCUCAUCAACAUCCUGGGCGACCCCUAUGAGAUCCGCCUGUGGAACGCCGAGGGGUUGCCCCGCGAUACCGUUUCCACUGAGAAUGGAAUCCUGGUUACCCGUGGACGCCGCUGGCCACUCAUGAUCGACCCUCAGGAUCAGGCCAACCGUUGGAUCCGUUCCAAGGAGACCAAGAACGGUCUGAAGGUGAUCAAGCUGACCGACGCUGGUUUCCUGCGAACCCUGGAGAACGCCAUCCGCAUGGGCAUGCCCGUACUGCUGGAGGAGCUGAAGGAGACUGUGGACCCGGCUCUGGAGCCCAUCCUGCUGAAGCAGACGUUUGUGGCGGGCGGCCGCACCCUCAUCCGCCUCGGAGACUCCGACAUUGACUACAACAAGAAAUUCAGGUUCUACAUGACCACCAAGAUGGCCAACCCCCACUACCUGCCUGAGGUGUGUAUCAAAGUGACCAUCAUCAACUUCACUGUGACCAAGUCUGGUCUGGAGGACCAGCUUCUCAGUGACGUGGUUCGUCUGGAGCGUCCUGACCUGGAGGAACAGAGGAACCAGCUGAUUGUGAGGAUCAACGCCGACCGCAACCAGCUGAAGGCCAUCGAGGACCGCAUCCUCAAACUGCUCUUCAACUCCAAGGGAAACAUCCUGGACAAUGAGGAGCUGGUGCAGACCCUGCAGGAGUCAAAGGUGACGUCAGAGGCCAUUAAGCAUCGUUUGGAGGAGGCGGAGGCGACAGAGCUGAUGAUCAACGCGGCCAGGGAGCGUUACCGGCCCGUGGCCACACGAGGCUCCGUCAUGUACUUUGUCAUCGCCAGCCUCUCUGAGAUAGACCCCAUGUACCAGUUCUCCCUCAAGUACUUCAAACAGCUCUUUAACUCCACCAUAGAGAUAUCAGAGAAGAGCAGUGUUCUGGAGGAGCGCCUGCAGAUCCUCCUGGACCAGACCCUGCUCACCAGCUACACCAACGUAUCCCGCGGCCUGUUUGAGCAGCACAAGACCAUCUACAGCUUCAUGCUUUGUGUGGACAUCAUGCGCCAGCAUGGCGAGGUCUCUGACGCAGAGUGGCAGCACUUCCUGCGAGGAGCGCCCCCCCUUGACAAGGAUCAUCCAGAGAGGCCUGACGUGCCAUGGCUAGCAGAGUUUACCUGGCAGACAUGCUGUGAGCUGGAGGAUACUCUGCCCUGCUUCAACGGCAUCAAGAGAGAGAUCACCGCCACACCCAUCACUAUAAAACUAGGUCGUCUGGAAGUGUGUAUCAACCCAGAGAACUGGCAGGGCUACGUGUCUGACUCCCAGCUGCCUCCCUACUCAGAGGAGAUGUCUGAAGAAGAGAAGGAGCAGGCAGACGGGGUCAGGGGUCACUGGGAUCAGAGACUGGGGGCCUUCCAGAAACUGGUGCUCAUCAAGAGCUUCAUGGAGGAGAAGGUGGUGUUUGCGGUGACAGAGUUUGUGAUCGUGAGCCUGGGGAAACAGUUUGUAGAGAACCCUCCUGUUGACCUGGCCACUCUCUACAGUGACAUGUCUCCCUCCACCCCCCUGGUCUUCAUCCUCAGUACCGGAUCAGACCCCAUGGGAGCCUUCCAACGCUUCGCCAAGGAGAGGGGAUACCUGGACAGGGUAAGGUCUAUCUCUCUAGGUCAGGGUCAGGGUCCUAUAGCAGAGAAGAUGAUUCUGGAAGCUCUGAAGAGUGGUAACUGGAUCUUCCUCCAGAACUGUCACCUGGCUGUGUCCUGGAUGUUAGCCAUGGAGGAACUCAUCAAGACCUUCACUGAGCCUGACACGGUGAUCCAUGAGAACUUCAGGUUGUUCCUGAGCUCCAUGCCCACCAAGGUGUUCCCUGUCACUGUCCUCCAGAACUCUGUCAAGGUGACCAACGAGCCUCCUAAGGGUCUACGUGCCAACGUGCGCCGGGCGUUCACUGAGAUCACCAACAACUUCUUUGAGGAGCACAUCCUGGGACGCCAGUGGAGGAAGAUCAUCUUUGGAGUCUGCUUCUUCCACGCCAUCAUACAGGAGAGGAAGAAGUUUGGUCCUCUGGGCUGGAACAUCCGUUAUGAGUUCAACGACAGCGACAGAGAGUGUGCCCUGCUCAACCAGAACCUCUACUGUCAGACUGGCCAUAUACCCUGGGAUGCUCUCAUCUACAUCACUGGGGAGAUAACCUACGGAGGCAGGGUGACUGAUGCCUGGGACCAGCGCUGUCUCCGCACCAUCCUCAAAAGGUUCUUCUCUCCUGUCACCCUGGACCCAGGGUACACCUUCUCCACCUCAGGUGUCUACUUUGCCCCCGAGGCAGACAGACUGAGUGACUAUAACAGGUACAUAGAGAACCUUCCUCUCAUAGACGACCCUGAGAUCUUUGGUAUGCACGAGAACGCCAACCUCGCCUUCCAGCGUCUGGAGACUAUGACCCUGAUCAACACCAUCCUGGAGGUACAGCCUCGCUCGUCGGCCCGCGGCGGGGGCAAGAGCAACGACGAGAUCGUCCACGAGCUGGCCGACUCCAUCCUCGCCAAGAUCCCGGAGUGUCUGGAUAUGGAUGAGGCAGCGGAGGCUCUGUUUAUUCGUGACGCCAACGGACGCCUCAACUCCCUCACCACCGUCCUCGGACAGGAAGUAGACCGCUUUAACAACCUGCUGCGGGUCCUCCGGGUGUCUCUGUGUACCCUCCAGAAGGCUAUAGCAGGGCUGGUGGUGAUGUCAGAGGAGAUGGAGAGGAUCUACACCAGUUUCCUCAACAACCAGGUUCCAAACCACUGGAGCACCUCAGCCUACCCCUCCCUCAAACCCCUGGCCAGCUGGGUUAAAGACCUGGCCCUCAGGACCUGCUUCAUAGAGAACUGGAUCAUGCGGGGUCAGCCCAAAUCCUUCUGGAUCUCUGGAUUAUUCUUCCCUCAGGGCUUCCUCACUGGGGCGCUACAGAACCACGCCAGGACCUAUAACCUCCCCAUCGAUGAGCUCAACUUCCGUUUCAACGUGUUGCCGGUCUACCUAGACCAGGGGGCCGUGAGCGAGGCGCUGAAGACCCUACCGGCCGGGGGCGAGCUGGACAUGGACUCUGAGCUACCCACCAUCAACGACGGCGUGCUGGUGCACGGGAUGUUCAUGGACGCCAGUCGCUGGGACGACGUCAACAUGGUGAUCGAGGAUGCGUUGCCGCGGGUGAUGAACGCCAUGCUUCCCGUGGUGCACUUCGAACCCCAGCAGAACUACGACCCUGAUCCGUCUCUCUACCAGGCUCCACUGUACAAGACCUCAGCUAGGGCUGGGACUUUGUCUACUACAGGCCACUCUACUAACUUUGUGGUGACUGUGAUGCUGCCGUCCAGCCUGCCUAGUGACUACUGGAUCACCAAGGCCUCAGCUCUGCUCUGUCAGCUCAACGAGUAGUGACCCACCCACAGGCACCACACACACACACACACACACCGCUGUACUUCUGCACCUUCAAUACCAGCAGCACUGAUGAAGCCCAUUCUCUAUGGACUCUUGUUUUCUGGUUUUCUAAUGUCUGUAUUGAGAAGUAUUCUACUGUGUACUCUCCUCCUGCUAAUCAGUUGAAGGGAUUAUUUGUAUGGGGCCCAAAAUGGCAUUUCUUUUAUUUUCUGAGUUGCUGUGAUUAAAUACCAUGUGGCA